AUGAACCAGACCCCCUAUAUUUCUACUGUUGACGCCGAGCCACUUCAUCGCUAUCAACAAGGCGGUUACCACCCGAUUACUUUAGGGGAAUCCUUGAAAGCCGGAAGGGAAGAUACGUAUGUCGCUAUCAAAAUCCCUGUUGCAGAAACUGAAUACGAUGGGGACACGCGAGAGCGACAAACUUUGAAAGAGCUUGCAUCUCAUCAUCCUCAUCCGAAACAUACGGUACACAUGCUCGAUGACUUCGAUCUAAAGGGCCCAAAUGGAUCUCAUAAAUGCCUAGUUUAUGAACUCCUAGGUCCCAACGUUCCAGACAUUAUUGAUGCCAAAUUUCCAGAUGGGAGACUUCCUGGCAAGCUCGCCAAAAUCAUUGCAAAGCAAUCUUUGAUCGGACUCGAUGGUUUGCACCAACGAAAGAUCGGACAUGGAGAUCUUCAUACCCGCAAUUUGGCCUUCACUAUGCCUUAUACAGACGAUUUGGCAGAAGACAGAUUUAUUGGGAUGUUGGGAAAGCCAGAGAUUGGCUAUGUCCAAAGACGCGAUGGGAAAUGCCUGGAAGCUGGCGUGCCCGAAUACAUUGUGAGACCUGCCUCAUACCGGAAUCAUUCUUGGAAUCUGGCUCAGAAUGCCAAAAUAAUCGACUUCGGAGAGUCAUUCUCGCUCACUGCUGUUCCUGAAACUCUCCAUACACCUUUAUCUGUCCGGGCACCGGAAGUUAUCUUUCAAGAUCACAUUGAUUAUCGUGUUGAUUUGUGGAGCAUGGGCUGCAUGCUUUUUGAACUGUUCGCGGGCCAGCCACCUUUCGACACAUUUUUAAUAACGUCCCCAAUCCUUGUUGGCCAAAUGCGAGAGAUGGCAACUGAUGAACUACCUGAGAGAUGGCAAGAUAAAUGGAAUACGAUGAAAAUGGGGGAUGUCAUGGCCACAGAAAGCACCGGGCACAACCUGCAGGAAUGGCUUGAAGAAGUCUACUUUGAUGGCCCGCUGAGUCCCGAUCUCACACGAGAGGACAUAAUCGUCACUACACCGUGA